CGUUUGAUGUUACAUCUGACCAGCUGCUGUUCUCCAUAAUAACAAGCGAGAGAACUGCCUGCCCUAGUGCGUUGCGUCACUUUUGCUUCAACUUUAGGCUAGAAAUCAAGAGAGCGAGAGAGAGGAGAGAGAACUUUCAAGGAAGCAGGAGGGAGCUGGAAAGCCCUGCAGUCUGCCUCCCACCCACUCACCCCUCCUCCUUUGCCCCCUCCUUCCCCUCCUCCUCCCCCCAAAAAACUUUUCCAUCAGAGAAAGAGGGAGAUCUCUUUGGAAACAUGGAGCUGCUGUGCUGCGAGGUGGAUCCCAUGCGGAGAGCUCUGCCCGACCCGAACUUGCUCUAUGAUGACCGCGUUUUGCACAAUUUGUUAACCAUAGAAGAGAGGUAUCUGCCCCAAUGUUCCUACUUCAAAUGCGUCCAGAAGGACAUCCAGCCCUUUAUGAGGAGGAUGGUGGCGACCUGGAUGUUGGAGGUCUGUGAAGAGCAGAAGUGUGAAGAAGAGGUUUUCCCCCUAGCCAUGAAUUACUUGGACAGAUUUUUAGCUGUGGUGCCCACCAGAAAGUGCCAUCUGCAGCUGCUGGGGGCAGUUUGCAUGUUCUUGGCCUCCAAGCUGAAAGAGACAAUCCCCCUCACUGCAGAGAAACUUUGCAUAUAUACGGACAAUUCCAUCAAACCCCAAGAGCUGCUGGAGUGGGAGCUGGUGGUGCUGGGAAAGUUGAAGUGGAAUCUUGCAGCAGUGACGCCACAUGAUUUCAUUGAACACAUUCUAAGAAAACUGCCUCUACCUAAAGACAAGUUGCUUUUGAUCCGGAAGCAUGCACAAACAUUUAUUGCCCUUUGUGCCACAGAUUUUAACUUCGCCAUGUAUCCACCAUCAAUGAUAGCAACUGGAAGCGUGGGAGCAGCCAUCUGUGGCCUUCAGCUUGAUGAUGGAGAAAGUUCACUCUCCGGUGACAGCCUAACAGAACUCCUGGCCAAGAUCACAAACACAGAUGUGGACUGCCUUAAAGCCUGCCAAGAACAGAUAGAGUCGGUGCUAGUAAGCAACCUUAGGCAAGUCCAGCAGCAGCAACAGCAAAGCAAUCCUUCUAAGAUGGUGGAUGAACUGGACCAGGCCAGCACUCCCACAGAUGUGAGAGACAUCAACCUGUGAGGACAUCAGCCCAGACAGUCAUGCUUGCUCCCCCUGCUCCCCCCCCUUUUUUUUAGAAUGAAAUCUUUUUUUUUAAUCUGCUCCCACAUAGAACGUAUUUAAAGCUCUUUUAGAUACAAAACAAAACAAAAAAAUGAGUAAUUUAAAAAAAGCAUUUGGUGCCUGUGAUGUUCUACAGAAGGGAAUCCCAUGAUAUAUUUGAUAAUUGCUGUUUGAUUAUGUAUCGGUGAUAUUAAGUGCUUAUAAAAGCAUAAAAAGUAGCUAGAUAAAUGUAAGCCUGCAUUUGUGGGUAGAGUAUACUUUUUUGUGCGUGCAUUAUGACCUAGUGCAUACACACCCUUUUUUAAACUUAAGAAAGGAAUUGUGUGUGUGAUGUUAUGGCUUGACUAGAUUGCAAAGCAAUAGAAUUAAGGGGUUAGGGCAAAGUGGGAAAAGAUCCCUGAAGUGAUUGAACCAUUUUGGAUGCAGAAGAGAUUUGCUGAUCUAUCACCUCUGUUAUUAGUCAGAACUGUUUGUUGGAUCUCUGUAUGUUAGUUUUGUUUACUCUUGCUGUCUGUGGUAGCUGCUACCUAAGAAAGAAGAUGCUUUAUUUUGCCAGCCGGAAGAGCAGGUGUUUCUUUCCCCCCCACCACCACUGCUACCUACUUUUCCUCCAGAAAUGGUUCAUUCUAAACACAGCAGCAUCUUUGGCAUAAAGCUGAUCCUGCUAUCCAGCAGUGGUCCAAGCCAAAGUAUAGAAUGCUUGCAUUAGAUGGCAGAAAUAUACAGAUUAAAAAUGACCUGUCAACAAAUCAGACCACCUCAGAACUUUGGAUUCCUAGAUGCAGUGGAUCAUCUGUGAAAAAGCAUUAUAUUCAUUCACAAUGCUAAUGCUACACGUCAAUGUUAACUUUUGGCAGCUCUUUAGUUUGGUGUAAAGGCAAUUAAACGAUGCUCUGCCCAUCUUCCUUUUUAACAUCCUCACUGUGUUAAAGAAGAUGUGAUUUCCUUUGAUCCCCCCUCUCCCUCCAAAAAAUACAUUUUCCAGAUGUUUAUAACUUUACUGGUCCACAGUUAGCAUUAUUAUAAACCAUUUCAUUCGAAAAGCACUUUGAAAAUUGUUCCUAAGGGAUAAAUGAGAUGGUUUAUGACAAUUGUGCUGAGCAA